AUGGCGGAGCUAGAGCACCUGGGCGGGAAGCGGGCAGAGUCCGCGCGAAUGCGGCGGGCCGAGCAGCUUCGGCGCUGGCGGGGCUCGCUGACAGAGCAGGAACCCGCGGAGCGACGAGGCGCGGGGCGGCAGCCGCAGACUCGUCGCGGGAGCCCUAGGGUCCGCUUCGAGGACGGUGCUGUUUUCCUGGCCGCUUGCUCUAGCGGGGACACCGACGAGGUGAAAAAGCUUCUGGCCAGAGGUGCCGACAUCAACACGGUCAACGUGGACGGCUUGACAGCCCUGCACCAGGCCUGUAUUGAUGAAAAUUUGGACAUGGUGAAGUUUCUGGUGGAGAACAGAGCCAAUGUAAACCAGCAGGACAACGAGGGCUGGACACCCCUUCAUGCAGCAGCUUCCUGUGGCUAUCUCAACAUAGCAGAGUAUUUCAUUAACCAUGGAGCCAGUGUGGGUAUUGUGAAUAGUGAAGGUGAAGUCCCCUCUGACCUUGCAGAAGAGCCUGCCAUGAAGGAUCUUCUUCUGGAGCAAGUGAAGAAGCAAGGAGUUGAUCUAGAGCAGUCACGAAAAGAAGAGGAACAACAGAUGUUACAGGAUGCCCGCCAGUGGCUCAACAGCGGGAAACUAGAGGAUGUAAGGCAGCCUCGCUCAGGGGCCACAGCCCUCCAUGUGGCUGCUGCCAAGGGCUACUCUGAGGUCCUCAGACUUUUAAUCCAGGCUGGCUAUGAACUCAAUGUUCAGGAUUACGAUGGCUGGACUCCCCUCCAUGCUGCUGCACACUGGGGAGUGAAGGAGGCUUGCUCCAUCCUGGCAGAAGCACUCUGUGACAUGGAUAUCAGGAACAAACUGGGCCAGACACCAUUUGAUGUGGCUGAUGAGGGUCUUGUGGAGCACUUGGAGAUGCUCCAGAAGAAGCAGAAUGUGCUUCGAAGUGAAAAAGAGACACGGAAUAAGCUCAUUGAGUCAGACCUGAACAGCAAGUUGCAGAGUGGACUUUUUAAGAACAAAGAGAAGAUGCUUUAUGAAGAAGAGGUACCCAAGUCCCAAGAAAUGGAGGAAGAAAGCAAAGAGUCUAGCAGCUCCAGCUCAGAGGAGGAGGAAGGUGAAGAUGAAGCUUCUGAGUCAGAAACUGAGAAGGAAGGAGAUAAAAAGCCAGAAGCCAUUGUCAACCAUUCCAACUCUGAAAGCAAGAGUAUUAUCACGGAACAGAUACCACCACCGGCUCAGAAUACCUUCUCUGCCUCUUCAGCUAGGAGAUUCUCCUCCAGCCUUUUUAAUAAGCCAGAAGAGCCCAAAGAUGAAUCUCCUUCUUCGUGGAGACUGGGACUCAGAAAAACUGGCAGCCAGAACAUGCUGAGUGAGGUGGCCAAUUCUAGGGAAGCUCUAAGGGACCGAGGCUCUUCCAUCUACCGGUCAUCAUCAAGCCCUCGGAUUUCUGCUCUGCUGGACAACAAAGAUAAGGAGAGAGAAAACAAAAGCUAUUUUAGUUCACUAGCGCCCCGGAAGCUCAGCAGCACAAGUGAUAUUGAAGAAAAGGAGAACAGAGAAUCAGCUGUUAAUCUAGUGAGGAGUGGUUCGUAUACACGGCAGCUGUGGAGGGAUGAAGCAAAGGGAAGUGAAACUCCACAGACAGUUGCUCCUUCUACCUAUGUAUCAACCUACUUGAAAAGUGCUUCCUUUGGUAGAAGUAGUGACCCCACAAGUCCCUACAUUUCAGCCAAUCGCAAUUCAUCUGCUACCUCACCCAUUACCAUUGGUUCAUCUACCUCUCGGGGCAACAAGUGGCAACCUGCCUCUUCUUGCCCUGCACCAAUCAGUGCAAACACUACUGCAUCUGCACACCAUGGCAGGACUCCUUACAAAUCCCAGGCUGACUCAACAGCAGAGAAAACAGCAGACAAUGUCUCUUCUAGCACCCCGCUCUGUGUGAUCACUAAUCGCCCUCCACCUAACACUGCCAAUGGGGUUACAACUGCCACUCUGCUCUCCACUCCUGGAACAGACUCCUCUGUGGAAGCCAGGGACAGGAGGAGGUCGUAUCUGACUCCUGUACGGGAUGAGGAAGCAGAGUCUUUACGGAAAGCACGCUCCAGACAAGCUCGGCAGACUCGAAGGUCUACUCAAGGCGUGACACUAACAGACCUUCAGGAAGCAGAAAGGACUUUCAGCCGGUCGAGAGCAGAACGGCAAGCUCAGGAGCAGCCUAGCCAGAAGUCCACAGGCACUGAAGGGCUUGAAGGAAGCUCGGAGAAGCAUGAGCCCUCAGCGGUCCAAGCAAAGGAAGCUGGCGAGGGCCGUCAACCCUGGGGUGGGAGUCUGGAUGAAGAACCUGUCUAUCGUCGCCUGAGGUAUCCAGUUCAGCCAGACAAACCCACAACGCCAGUGUCUCCUUCUGCAUCAAGAUCCUCUCUCUACACCAGUUCCCAUCUGCUACGGACAAGCAGAUCUUCAGUCCCUGACUCUGAGAGUCCAGAGACCACCACAAACGCCGCAGUUGCAAAGGAAAUGGACAAGAAUGAGAGUGAAGAAGCAGAUGUGGAUGAUCAGUCCUCUACUAGACUGUCCAUCCGUGAGAGGAGGCGGCCCAAGGAACGACGACGAGGCACGGGCAUCAAUUUCUGGACAAAGGAUGAAGAUGAAACUGACGUCUCUGAAGAGGUAAAAGACACCUGGCAUGAAAGACUUUCUAGGUUGGAAUCAGGAGGUAGUAACCCUACAAGCAGUGAUUCUUACAGUGACCGGGCCUCAGCAAGAGCCCGCCGCGAGGCCCGGGAGGCCCGCCUUGCCACCCUGACCAGCCGCGUGGAGGAGGACAGCAACAGGGAUUAUAAAAAACUCUAUGAGAGUGCCCUGUCUGAAAACCAAAAACUGAAAACAAAACUUCAGGAGGCCCAGCUAGAGCUAGCAGAUAUAAAGUCCAAGCUUGAGAAGAUGGCCCAGCAGAAACAAGAGAAGACCUCUGACCGAUCAUCAAUGCUGGAGAUGGAGAAACGGGAGAAGCGAGCCUUGGAGCGGAAAAUGUCAGAGAUGGAGGAGGAGAUGAAGGUGUUAACAGAACUGAAAUCCGACAACCAGAGGCUGAAAGAUGAAAACGGUGCCCUCAUCAGAGUCAUCAGCAAACUAUCCAAAUAGACUAGGCUCCCGAUUUAGGAGGGAAAGGGCAGGAUUUGCUGCCCCUACCCCUCUUCUGCAGCCAUUGCCUUCCAACCAAAAGAAGUGAAUGUUUUGGUGGAAGGAUAACGUCUUUCUGACCCUCCUCCGGUCACCUCCUCUGCACUGUACAUUUCCUCUGCACUCUCAGUGCCCUCUUCCUCCCAUGCCCCCCACCCCCUGAGUUUUAUGACAGUUUUAACUGAAGCAUGAUUGUGAUCAUUCGAGCCAUCUGGAGAAGGCCUUGGGGAGUACACCAGGCUCAGCUGUGGACCCCAGCUUCCUGCUGCUCAGCUACUUGUCCACAUUGGAUUUGGUCCAAACAUGUAAGGCCUCUAGCCAAACCAGUACCCCACAGCCUUUUCCACUGACCCAGUGUCCUCUGAUAUAGGUGAGUCUUACGGUGGCCAUUCCAGGAUCCUGUCUGGGAUGCCAAGAGAAACAGGAUGUUGGCAUAAUCAUCGGACGGCCUCUAGAGCUAUGUUUCCAUUAGAUUCCAAGGUGACAAUGACUCUGCAUUGAAGGUC